GGGCGUUAGGGCCGCGCCUGGGAGGAUGCGGUGAGCGCAGCCCCGCCGGGGAGCCGGCGGUGCGGACACCCUCUCCCCGCCGGCGAAGGGCGACCGGCGCUGGGUGCGCGGGCCGCACGGGGGCUCCGGGGCCGGGAGGUUUGCUGUUCACUCACAAGGCAUUUCAGGGCAGCGAUGGGGUAGCUCUUCGUGUUUUGAAGAUAACUGUGGCGGCACUUUGGGGAAUGGAUCGAAGAGAAGAAAGAAUGGCUCUGGGUGGUUACAGUAGACCACACGAAAGCUGUGUAAUGGUCCGAACUGCCCGGUCAGCGGGUGCUGAAAGCCGUGUCCUGAGACAGCAGGACUUGUAGCUACGGCUGGAGAUGGGAUGGAUAGUGGGAGAGGAGAGGGGUCGGCAUCUCGGGAGGCUUCUUUCUCUGGUAGCGGAAUAAACAUCGGAGGUCAGCAGGAAGAGUGUUUGGGGAAGGAGGAUGGACUCAGGCAAGUUCUGGAGGAGAUGAAAGCUUUAUAUGAACAAAACCAAUCUGAUGUGAAUGAAGCGAAGUCAGGUGGACGAAGUGAUUUGAUACCAACCAUCAAGUUUCGACACUGUUCUUUGUUAAGAAAUCAGCGCUGCACUGUAGCAUACCUGUAUGACCGAUUGCUUCGGAUUAGAGCACUCAGGUGGGAAUGUGGCAGUGUCUUGCCAAGUGCUUUACGAUUUCACAUGUCUGCUGAAGAAAUGGAAUGGUUCAAUCAUUACAAAAAGUCCCUUGCUACCUACAUGAGGUCGUUGGGAGGACAUGAAGGUUUGGACAUCACACAGGAUAUGAAACCUCCAAAAAACCUAUACAUAGAAGUGCGGUGUCUAAAAGACUAUGGAGAAUUUGAAGUUGAUGAUGGUACUUCAGUCCUAUUAAAAAAAAAUAGCCAGCACUUUCUACCUCGGUGGAAGUGUGAGCAGCUGAUUAGACAGGGCAUCCUGGAGCACGUGCUGUCGUGACCUCUCGCCAGAUGGCUGCCAGGGCUUCCCCCGUUCGAGGCUGGACUCAACCAAGGACACUUCUCCAUCUCCCUCUCCACCUCCCCCAGGCCCACCACUUUUUGGUUUUAAAAUUUAGACUUACUUUAACCAGGAAUGCUUGGCCAAGGAGUAUGGUUUGUUUUUCUUUUUCUUUUCUUUCAUUUGAACCUUAGUUUCUCUUUUAUUUAAUUUCCAAAUAUAAUUCUAUAACCUUUUAUGGUAAACAUAUUUCUGAAUCUAUGUUGUAUGCUUGCCUUUUGAAGCAUCAGUUCUCAAUAGAGAGUUUGAAUUCUUGCCAUACAGAGACUCCACAUAUCCAAUCUGCUGUCCACAGUUCUAGAGGGAAGCCCAGGAUCAAGACUCUAGCAGAUUCUGUGCCCAAAGAGAGUGCUUCCUAGUUCAUACGCCGCCAUCUUCUCAUUCUGUGCUUACAAGGUAGAGGUGGUUUAUUUUUCUAUUGUACAGGAUUCUCCCCUUUGUGUGGUACGUUGUAUCUGUAAUCACAACAUUCCUACAAUUCCCAAAAUACUAUAUACAGUUCCCAAAAUACUAUAGUGUGUUUUUGUUUAAUGAAAGUAAAUGAUCAAUAUUACAUUUUAAUCUCUUUUAAACAAUCAGGAAGUUUCACCUGGCUGUAUAGGGAGAUAGGAGGUCCUUGUGCAUCUUGUGUUGCUGGAAGUGUGCAUUGUGCGAGCCAGGGAGCUGAAUUUCUGCAAUUUGUGUUUCCAAAUCACAUGGGCAGGUGGAGCUGAUGGCCUAUAAAAUUUUCAGCGUAUUUAAUGUUCAAUAACAUGUUAACUUAUCACCUGGCUGUUAAGGAAGAAAGGAAGGACACAAUGGAUUUUGCCCAUUUCCAGCAGUGGUGGCUGAUCU